AUGGCUCGAUAUCUUUCACACCCGAAGGUAAGUUUCGGCUGCCCUGAGUAUUCUAAGACUAUCCAGGCGCUGGACUCGCUGCAGCGGCAGUUGGCCAUCUCGUUCGGCCCGGACCUCCUGCCCGCGACGCACCAUGGCGAGCCGCACGGCCUCCACUCCUCCAUGGCUGUAAUGCGGCGCCUCCUGGUUGACGCUCAGGCAAAGUUCCGCAGGAUGGUGGAGGAGAACAAGCAGCUGGCGGCGCGCAUCGACGGCGACCUGGCGGUGGCCCACGAGGAGGUGGCUGCGGUGCGCGGCGAGCUGCACGACGCGUCGCGACGCCUGGACGAGCACCUGGCCAAGGUGGCCGUGGGCGCCGGCGCCGACCCGAGCGCCGCCGAGGACAAGCCGACAACGGCCGAAGAGCCCGCCGGCAUCCGGCCGCCCUCGCCCAUCGCCGGAGCCGCCUCCGCCGCCGGAGACGCCUCCGCGACUGGCGGCGUCGGCGUCGGGGCGGUGUCCGCCUCUACAGCCGUGACUUCUGCUGCCGCCACCGCCGCGUCAGACGCGGACGCAGUGCCGGGAGGCGGCUCUCGGGCCAAGGGCAAGUCUGGCGCCUGCUCGGAGCGCGACGCCGUCAACAACCCGGCAGCCGCCAUGCGGCUGCGGCUCGAGAACGAGCGUCUCAAGUGCGAGGUGGCCGAGCUGCGCAUGCUGGUCGCCUCCAGGGACCUGACGGCCGCGGGUGCGGGCGCGGGGGCGGGGGAGUCACUGCGCGUCCAGGCGCUCGACAUGGAGCUGCGGCACGCUCGCGAGGCGCUCGCAGCUUUGAAGGCCGACCGGAAGAGGUUAAAAGCCGAGAAAUUCGACCUGUUGAACCAGAUGAAGCAGCUGUACGGGACGUUGGAAGACAAGGAGAAGGAGCUGCGCGAUUUCAUCAGGAAUUACGAACAGCGGAUGAGGGAGAGCGAGGCGUCACUGCAGCAGCUGUCGACGGAGCGCGAGGAGCGCGAGCGCGAGCGAUGGAGCCUGCUGCGGCACGCCCGCGACGAGGCAGAGCGCAGCCUCGCCCUGGCCGCGCAGCUCGACGCCAAGGAGCAGCACAUCCAGCAGCUGCAGGACCAGCUGCUAGAGGCUCGUCGGCAGCUGGCGGCCGUCGGGGGCAGCGGCGGCGGCGGCGGCUGCCUGUCCGACCAGGAGAGCCUGGCCUCCAUGUCGCUGUCGGCGUCGCGCGCCAACGGCGGCCUGGCCACGCCCACCGCGGGGCUGGGCCUGCUGCCCGGAGACCGCGGCAGCUGCAGCGCGGACUCGGGCGUGCGCGGCAGCUCCGACCGCGAGUCGGGCGGCGCCACCUCGGGCGGCGGCAACCUGUCCGACUCCACCACCGACGGAACACCCACAAUCACCGUGGAAGGAAGCAAUGUUGAUACGGACUCAGUAUCUUUAAUAUCCUACAUAGCUACUCCACAUACCUGUCAAUCUGCUACAACACCAAAGGACUGCAGUCCUUCCUUGUCACCACUGAACGCAAAUGCCUUUUCGAAGUCCAUUGACAACAGUGUUCUCUCAAGGUCAGUUGAGCAGCUCAGCAAUCCUAUGGAAUUGGAGCCUCGAAGACCAAAAAAUGUGGCUCCUGUGAGUAGAAGUGGUGGUAGUAGAGGUGGAACAUGGGGCAGCAUAUCCAGAGUUUUUGCUCGAAGUCGACAUCGUAAGGCAGCCAGCCCAAGUCAGGAGGAGGCAUCAGAUGCAUACCGCAGUUGGUCACCAUUAACAGAGGAAGGGUAUGCAGAAAAACUGAGAUUGUUGAGAGAAGCUGCCUCCAUCCCAAUGGAAAGGUGGCGAGCACCUACAGUAUUAGCAUGGCUUGAAAUUGCUCUCGGUAUGCCACAGUACGGUCCUCGAUGUGCAGAGAAUGUUAAGAGUGGCAAGGUGCUUCUUGAACUUAGCGAUGUUGAGCUAGAACUGGGGCUAGGAAUAACUCAUCCUAUGCACCGAAAAAAGCUUCGCCUGGCUAUUGAAGAGCAUAGGCACCCUGCACUUGUGCGAUACCCAUGUAUAGCACAGCUAGGACACACAUGGGUGUCCAGUGAGUGGCUACCAGACCUUGGUCUUGCUCAGUAUUCAGAGAAUUUUGCAACAAACAUGGUGGAUGCAAGGAUGCUGGAUCACCUCAGCAAGAAGGAGCUGGAGAAAUUUCUUGGUGUAACAAGGAAAUUUCACCAAGCCUCUAUUGUCCAUGGAAUUCACCUUUUAAGAAUGAUGAAAUAUGACAGACAGGCACUUGCAGUCCGGAGACAUCAAUGUGAAACAAUUGAUGCAGAUCCUCUUGUCUGGACAAAUCAAAGAUUCAUUAGAUGGGCAAGAAAUAUUGAUCUCAGUGAAUAUGCAGAGAACUUAAAGGAUAGUGGUGUCCAUGGAGCCUUAGUUGUCCUUGAGCCUUCAUUCAAUGGUGACACAAUGGCAACAGCCUUAGGCAUACCUCCUUCAAAGAACAUCAUACGGCGACACCUCAGCACGGAGCUGGAGGCAUUAGUACUGCCUGCCAGAGCUGCUUUUGAGCACUUUGUGCGCGUAAGCAAGUCGGAGCGUAGGCGUGCUGAGAAGUUGGUCGGUGGGGGAAGUCUGGGGCGGAGCUUCUCUCGCUCUUACGCAGGUGGGCUGGCAGAGCGUUCAUCCCCAGCUACUGAACGCCCUGGUCCUGGGCCCGCACCUGAGCAAGAGAAGGAACGCAGGCGUUCUAGUCUCAGAACCUACAGUCUCCUGUAUUUGAAAAAGGGGUCUUUAAGUCGUGCUUUGGGACUGAAGAUGCGUCAGGACAACAGCAGCAAAAGAGACAGUCGUGACUUUACAGGCAAUAGUAAUGGGAUAGCAUCACCAUCAUCCUCAUCAGAGAACAGCUCCUCAGUUAUCAGUUUCAACUGCAGAGUGCCAUCACCACAGCAGACAGAUGCCAAUAACAGUGCUUCACCACAGAGACCAGCAAUAGCAUCAUCUGGCACAUUGAAAAAGCGCCACCAUCACCGUAGAGUAAAGUCCAUAGGAGAUAUUGAUACAGUAACAGUAACACCUGUAUGAAGUUAAAGAUCAGAGUAUGUCAUCUGUUUUAAUUUCAAAUGUUCCCAAGACAAUCAAGUGGAAUAUGAUGCAAAAUUGUUGUAUAUCGGAAACAAUAUUCUUAAAUCUUUUUCCAGAUGCCUCAGAGUCUUCGUAUUGAACAAAAUUAUUCGUUGACAAACAAAACAAAAAUGAGGCAUAUCCGAUACAUGAGUGGACCAAGGUAUAAGUAUUAAAUGUCAGUACUGUUACAAGAAUGGAAUUUUCACCAAAUCUGUUAAGUCCCUGAAUGUUUAAAUAACUAUGUGCAAAAUGUAAACACCAUGAGAUUAAAUAUAUCUAACUAAGCAGGUAAUUUUCUAUUAAAAAUGUAGAAGGCUGCCUAAAAAAACAUUGACAACUAUGCUGUAGUAAGAAUUUCCUAUGGAACCCUUAGCACACAUUCUCAUGAAGGUACAUCAGGCAAAAUACAUUAAAAGUUGUAUCUUUUGGGUGUAUUUAUAACAACGAACACAACUAUGAAAUAGAGACAAUUUCUUUUAAUUAAUUAUUUGCUUCUGCUUCUGUUAUAAAAUUGCUGGAUAAAAUAUCUUUACUGGAAUGUUACUAGAAAACACCAUUUUUCCUUUAUAAUGUGUCAGCCUUAGGUUAAUUAAUACUCAUCACAAUUUCUUUUGGGGCAGGUCUCAAUUAAUGACAACCCACAAGAAUGAAUGACCAUACUGAGAAGCCCUUAAACAGUAUAUUUUUCAGAUGAGAUAAAUCACAUUUUUCAGAAAUGAAUAAUUUUUUUACUGAUGGUACACUCGCGUCAUCAGACAUUAAUCUAAGUUAAAGUAGAAAAAGUGAAUUGGUCCUCAAUUCAUGUAAAACAUAAAUGUGAAUAAUUAACAUCUGUGUCAACCUCCUUUAGUUCAUAUGCAGUGGGCAGAUGAAUUAAACAUGUCCAACUGUUGUUUUUUUCCCUCCCUUUUUCUUAAUUAUACAUGAGCAUGGCAACUGUGUGCCAAAGGGAACACAAAGGAAACUCUUCCCACAUUGUACUGAUAAUUAAAAGCAUACAGUUAUAAAUCUUGCUGGAUACUGACUAUUUCAAGUAUCUAUUGGGGUUCAGUGUGUAAAUACCAACUGUGAUAUCAGCUAUUUUAUUGUAGAGUGUAUGUGAUGUCAUUCUCCUUUAUAUAUGAUACUGUCUUGCAUAUCAAAUAUUCAGACGUCAGAAUUGAGAGUGCAGCUUUAAUCAACUGUUAGAGAAGAAAACAACAUAGUUUUUGCUAUACCUGACCGACUCUACAAAAAAGACGGGUACCACUCGUUAAUAUUGAAGCAAUAGUGCUGCAAUGAAAAUAAAAAUGUAUUCCCAUUUUGGAUA